AUGCUCUCGAUCGGCCUAAACUCCGGAACGUUUACCAUCAACACGGAACUCCAAAACCCCAUCUGCCAAAAGUGCAAUGACGAUUUGAAAAGGAAUGCGGUUCGCGAAUUUUUAGAAACCACUUGUAGCUACAGUGUCGAAAAUAAAACUUGUAGUCGAUCGUAUCCGGCAUGUGAAGUUGGAAAACAGGUACAUUCGGGGCAAUGAACAAGUGCCUUUGUGUGUAAUCUUUUUUAUUUUUGCUGUAAUUUUCGUUGUGUUGAAGUCGAAAGUUCGAGUGGUUUAUCCGGUUCAGAAGAGGGCCAAAAGAGGAGAGAGGUUUGAGCGAACGCCGUUACAAGAGUAAAAAUAACGUCAAGUAUGACACUCAGAUCAGAAUGAAAAUGGUGACAAAAUUAGUACAAGAUUUUCUGUCGCAUAUGAUAGACCUCAAGCCCGCGAUUUAUGGAAAACCCGAGAUUUUUAGGACAGAAUCUGGCGAAAAUGGGACACUUUUUCGCAAAUUUUGAUAUGAAAAAUUUCAUGCCUAAUUCUCGGUUAGUGCUUCCGCAAAAAAAUCAAUUUUUUUCACGCGAAACUGGCAAGGAUAUGGACAAAAAGUGUUGCUUUCUCAAAGGAUUAGAUCCAAAACUUCCUUGGAUGACGGGUCUUCAGAUUUUUUCAUCUUCGAUGGCGGAUUUUCUGGAUUUUAAGAGUCUUUGAAUGCCCGAGAUUUCAUUGAGGUGUCCUAGAGAGUACUCCUGGCCAUGUACAGCCGUUGUUUAUACCAGUAGCACAUCUUAAACGAAUGUCAUUGUGACAGAUUUUUUUGGAGACACAACGAGUCUGUCGAGAAAAUAAUGAGCACUCUUUCGCAUCGAAAAUCACAUUGCCGCGAGAUUUAGCGACAUUGUAAACAUUAUUUUCCCGACAGCUGAGAGAAUAGCGAUAAAUUACUGUACGUUUUCAGGCCCCUGUUCUCGAUGGACUGCGGUACGUUGCGUCACUUUUCCAUUCAAAUUAUUUUCCCGACAGACAGUAAAAAUUGUCUUAUUCGUACACGGAAAGCCUCUGGCCUUCGGGAAAUUUCUCCUCUGAUAGUUUUGCCCUAAUCAAACUCUUCCCACAUCAUCCAAACCUAUAAUUCUUGUGCUCUAUUGCUUGUGAUAUACAGCUGAACUCCCCAAUUCGUCUUCUAAUUCCGGCUCUUUAUCAGCGAUUAAAAUGGGUUUGUGUCGGAGCUUCGAACCACAUCAUCAUGUGCCUUCGAGCGGGCAUUACACUAAACAAGCAAUCGCCGUGUUCCUCCUCUUUAUCAAAAGCGGAGCGUGGUGAUUUUUGUAAACAAUCGCUGUUCAGUUGUGUGUUAUACAUGCCAGACGGUGGUGUAUUGAUUGCAAAGGGUUCACCGGGGAAGUGCUCAAAGUGCGACGCUCGAGUUUCGAUGAAACUUAUCACAAUAUAAGAAUUUCUUUUUAAAAUUGUUAUGUCAUGUUCCUAGCUCGCGUUUUGCAGAAACGACUGACAUUUUUAGGUUGUUUAGGUCGAAAUUUGCCAAAAAUACGCUAUUUUUGCAAAUUCUUUUCCACAAAAACAUUAGUCCCUUUUAUUUACCGCAGAGAGACAAAGUAAUAAAUCUGGACGCUAGUUUUGCGGUCGGGAUGCAGUCAACCAGUCUUUUCUUUACAUAAAAAGAUUUGUUUUGACUUAUUUAAAAAGAUGGCGCUUAAAAAAUUAUGUCAAACUAUCGGGCCGGGCUUCGGAAAUUUUAGAUUUUUUAAUGGCCAGCCCGGGGCCAAUGCGCUAUCUGAAAGUUUGCUAGUUAGCUGAAAGCGGAAGGGCGCACCUCUGAAAACAAGCUUUCGCAGCUUGCCGAAGCUAGCUUUCAGCUUGUUUUCGAGCUGCGCCCAAGACGCGAGCUGCGCUCGUGCAAGUUCUCCGAGCUGCUCCCUAUGAUUUUCUGAAACUUUCGGUUUUUCCUCGGCUACAUGUCUCCGGAAUCUGUGAAAGAUCUAAGGGUUGCACUUCGAGCAUUUUCCUUAUUGAAGGACAGUAAAGAGACAAGCCACUUUUAAAUCUCGCUCUUUACGGCAUGGGAAACAAACUUUCUCCGCUCCCCACUGUUCGCUUUUCCCGUUUCAACGCUCUUAUUAUUUUUCGGCUCAAAAAAAAGACCUCGCUUGCCUCGAACAACAAACUUAUCUUUUUUCGAACCUUGGACCUAAAAGCGUUCUUUUUCCGAGUUUCAUAAUAAAUAUAAUAUCUUUCUUCUCGAAAAAAUAUUAUUUGUUUUCUUUUAGAAUGGGGAAGAUACUCCUUUCCGUGUUGACUGCGGUGCUCGGCGUCACACUUUACUGUGUUUUCAACCGGUCCGAAACCAAAGUGGACUUCCCGAAGACGGGAUAUUAUGGAAGCGGAGAGCCAAAGCCGGACGACACCAGUAUUAAGCCGUUCAAAAUUCAAGUCGCUGACAAGGACAUACAGGUGAGGAGUUUAACUCAAAGAUAAGGGCUUCUAAAAUGGACCAAGAAAUUGUGCAACGAACUGAGAUACAACAAGGCGUUUUGUACGUCAAUCCAGCGUAGCUGAAGCUAUUUUCUGACCAAGAAAAUAGCUUCACGUCAAAAAAGUUCUUUCAGAAAAUUGAAAAAACAAAGAAUCUCUAUUCAUUGGUUUUUUUUGCGAAGUGCCACAGAAUUAUCGAGUUAGAAAGAUUAUUUUUCUCUUCGAAAAAACAUUUUUCUCAAAAAAAAACUUUUUCUCUAGAAAAGUUUUCUUCAGUGACUCGAUAAUUCAGCGACAUUUCGUAAAAAAUCAUUGAUCCGAGAUUCCUUGUUUUUUUCAUUUUUUCUUUGACGUGAGCUUCAACAACUCGCUUACCAACAUGUACAUAUGUAGAGCAUUUUUACAACAAAACCCCUCUAUAGCGAAUUAUUUUUUUCCUUUCCAUUCGUUGUAUAUACAACAAACAGCAGCGGAACUGAUCCAUUGUCAAAAAACGUACAGUUUUGCAUCCGGGAAGUAUCAAAAAUGUGGCAAAAUGCCUCCCCGCCAACUAAUAAAAAAAGCUCUCUAUGGAAGGACGCGCCUUUCAUAUCACAAAAAAAACGGGCGCGCUUUUGAAAUUGGAGUUUUUUCACCUCGAGACGGAGGUAUUUUGCUACCUUUCUAAUGCAUCCCGGAUGCAAAAUGGCACAUUUUUUGCCACUAGGUCAGCUCCACCAGUAUAUUUACGAUAAAAAUUUAUUGCAGGACCUAAAAGACCGUCUGAAAUCCGCUCGAAUUGGUCAUCAACAACUGGAAGACGUUCCCGACUUCGAAUACGGCUUUCCAUUGUCAACCCUUCAACAAUGGCGCGAUCACUGGCUGAACAAGUACGACUGGCGCAAGCAUGAAGCCCAACUCAACGCUUUCCCUCAAUUUACCACGCAAGUUGAAGGGCUGCGGAUUCAUUUUAUUCAUGCGAAGCCGCCCGCCGGCUAUAAGAAGGUGGUCCCGCUGCUUCUGGCGCAUGGCUGGCCUGGAAAUGUCUAUGAGUUCUACAAGCUCAUCCCCAUGUUGACCGACCCUAAGAAGCACGGGCUAGGAGACAAGGUGGCGUUUGAGGUAGUGGCACCGUCGAUUCCCGGCUACGGAUGGUCGGAGGCGAGUCAUAAGAGAGGUGAGUUACUGUGCUCACAAGACGAGUACUCUAGCUCUUCUUGGAAGGGCUAGAGUACUCGCUGAGCUGAAAUCAGCGACGCGCAUUGCGAGACAACAAAAGUUUUCUUUGCACAUAAAAUUAGUAAGGGCUGGUACUCCAAGUGGGCCCCUCAGAUUUCACUGAAACUUGUCACAAGUUUGGAAUGAGGCUUUCUAAGGCCCUUGCGAGACUCUUAGCUGGCACUUUGCAGAAACGGCCAAGAAUUUUAGGGAUCUUUAUAUCGAAAGUAGGAAAAAUAUGAAAUUUUUGGCAAACCUAAACUUGAUUGUAUAGUCUUAUAUGUUAUAAAAUACAAUAUCGGAAUUGCCCAUUAAAACCUCGGCUAUAUCUCCACCUCUCUUCAGGUCUCUCCGUUUUCGUUGUCGCCCGAAUCUUCAAGAAGCUGAUGACCGACCGCCUCAAAUUCCCCAAGUACCUGGUUCAAGGCGGUGACUGGGGCUCGGUUGUGGCCAACGCACAAGGCAAACUGUACCCGGAGAGCCUCAUCGGCGUCCAUCUCAACCUCGCCAUGUUGAACAUGGCGCAUCCGGCGACUUUCAUCCGGCAAAUUAUCGGAUCCUACUUCCCAUCGCUCGUCUUCGAAGACCCCGCGUUCUCGGAGUUUUCGCUCAAAAAGGACCUCUUCUUCAUGGUCAAGGAGUCGGGUUACCUGCAUAUUCAAGCCACCAAGCCGGAUACGGUUGGUGUGGGACUUAAUGAUUCGCCACUGGGAUUGUUGGCUUAUAUUGGCGAGAAGUUUAGCACGUGGACUAAUCCCAGCUUUGUGCAGGCCAAGGAUGGAGGUUUGGAAAAGUAGGUUGUGGCUCUGGUUUGAUAUCAGUCUGUCGGGAAAAUAAUGUGGAUUUGUGUAUGUUCUUUUACUGGGGUAUCUCCGUUUGAGAGACUAAUCGGCACAGCGGCUAAAAUAGUAAUUUAUCUGUCCUCUUCGUAUCCAUUUCUCAUUACGUAUGUUUUGGACAGUUAAAAAAUAAAAACUUUCCAUAGUUCUAACACAAAAAACCGCUUGAUUUAAGGUUCUUCACCAAAGACGAGGUCCUGACAAUCAUCUCCAUCUACUGGUUCAACCAGAACAUCCUCCCCUCUCAACGGCUGUAUCGCGAGAGCUUCCACAACCCGGACUACCUCAAAUUCCAAGAGUAAGUUUUAUAGAUAUUAUGUUUCAUGCCAAAUAUCAAGAUGUAAAUCGCAUUGUAAUCAACCCUUCUCUUCAGUAUGUACAACUCGGCCCCAACGGGAGUCUCCUACUUCCCGCACGAUCUUGUCGCCAGCCCCAAGGAGCUCCUUCUGCACUCCAUGAACUUGACGCACUAUACUGUACAGAAGGAUGGCGGUCAUUUCGCGGCUUUCCAGCUGCCCAAGGUGUUGGCUGAAGAUGUAUUCAAAUUUGCGGCUUCAAGAUUGUAG